AGGUUUUAUUUACAAUAAGACAUGACUCACAUACUGUGCAGACGGACAGAUACUUUGGCCGGAUUUUCCUUUUUGUCACCUACCUGUCUAGUUUCAUCAGUAAUUUCAAAGACACAAAGAAGACCAUGGAAAGAUGUGCCAAAGAGCUUUAAAAGACCGUCAGCAAGUUUGCGGAAACAUUGGUCUACAACAUUUUGAAAAAAAAAAAAACUUUAUUGGAAACAAAGAACAUGAAAACUAAUGUGAUAGUCUCAAUGUCUAGCACAUUGCCUUGUAUAUUUAAAGGUGUUUCUUCAGCCACGUUAAUAACUUUUAGUCUAGCUUYUAACAUUUAAUGAGGACAAUGUUACAUUCAAGCCUCCGUUUUAUGUUUAUAUUUGCUUUGUUUAUAGAGUUGGAUAUCCAUUUUCACUCACAUUUAGAAAAAUCAGUUUUAUUCUCCCCUAGAACAGUAACAUAAGAGAAGGGGAAAAGUUUGUCUCAACAUUUUUCUAAUCAUAGAUCCAUAACUUUUUAGAAAAUCAGUGCAAAGAAUAAUCCCACAAAGGCCUUAUUUCUCAUUCUUGACAUUUUAGCAUCACUGACCAUCCUUAAAUAUUUUUGCUCAUUUCUCUGAGGUUUUCUCCCCACUGGAGGGAGCGUGACUUGAAAUUGGGUUCUCAUAUAAUGAAAUUGAAGCAAAUAUCUGAAUGCAACUGUCGAUUUUGUUCUCAGACAUGCCGAUGAAUUUCAGAGAGGAAGAAUCGACCCCCCUAGUGUUGAGAGACCGGGGGGGCAGCCAGAAGUCCAGUUCGAGCGUGGAAGCCGGCUUACAAGUACACAUCUACUUUUUUCCUGGCACAAAGGAUGCGACAGUGAUACAAAUUUCAUCCGGACUGAUAAGUGCAGAAAAUGUUUGCAUCCAAGCAGGAAAGAAAAGUGGAAUCUUACCAGUGUACCUGAGCCUUUUCGGUUUAGCCUCUGCAGGUCUUUCAUUUUGGUAUCCGCCAUCACACAUGUUUGACUCAGACGARAACUUGGUGGUUCAUUUUAGAGUGAGGUUUUUCUUUGGGAACUGGUUUGGCCAAGGACCAAGAACUUCAUACCGCUACAGUCUGACAAAGGACAGAAUCAGUCUGGUGCUUGACUAUAAUGUCAUAGAUUACCUUUUUGCUCAGGUAAAGAACAUGAACAUCAUGCUCAUUAAUAUUAAAGGCAAUAACUUCACUAUAUUUUACAUCAGUGUAUUAAUGAUGUACCAUUGCAAAGGAAGGCAGACUGUAAAAAAGUGACUUAAACACAAUAUUGUCCUUGUAGUUUAAAAACAUUCUUAGACAUUUUACUGUCUCACGUAAGGUUUUUAAAGGGCACUGAUGCUAAUUCAGUGUAUGUAAAGUCAGGAGUUAACACCCACAAUUUCACACAUCCUCAGUUCCAAUGAGUAGACUGAAACAAAAAGUGUGUUUAGAGCAUCUUUUCAAUUCCAACUCAAAGAAAUACUUA